UGUGGUCCGAAAAUGUCAACUUAACAAAGUUCUAUUUUCAUUUAUCAUAAUGGAAUAUCUAACUACACAGAACUUUGAAGAAAUAAAAUGGUCUUAUGUAGGGGAAGGCAAUGAAAAUAUAAUUGUGAAACCUGAAAAUUCUAAGGUUGUUGCUAGAUUCAGAAAAAAAUUUAAAGACAUGAAUGAAUUUAAUAACUUGAGUGGAAAAUGUUAUAAAAAACUACCAAAUAUGUUUACAUUAAAGGAUGAAAAAAUGUUUUUAGAUUUUAUUGUUCGCUUCCUAAUAAACUCUUGUUAUCUUGUUGACAUAAAAAUAAUUGAAGUUUCAGAGUAUUUUUUAUUGCAGUUAAACAACAAAAUAAAAAAUUAUAGACCUUUAAAUAGGUGGGAAAAAGAUUUGGAUUUGCAACACAGGUUUGUUCAGCUUCUACCUAAUCUCUGUUUUACACCAUCUGUAAAAAUUGACUCAAAAUGUAUUUCAGUUGAAAUUAAAACCAAAUGUGGUUUUAUGCCAUACCAUUAUAAUGUACACAGUUUAAAGAAAAAAGUAUGUAGAUUUUGUAUUCAACAAGUUACAAAGUUUAAUCUUGCAAAGACAUCUCAAAUUAGUAGUUAUUGCCCAUUAGAUUUAUUCAAUAAUUGUACAUGUGGAGUGAGCAGUGCAUUAAAUUCUCUAACUAUGACUCCACAGAAUAACUUAGUGGUUAGUGUUGAUGGAGAAAAAAUAAAUAACUUGCAGCAGUUUAAUAUUGGAUCGAUUUCUUCAAAAGAAAUACUUAUUAGUGUAAUAGUAGCUAUUUUAAAAAAUGAUUCAUUUAAAGUUGAAUUACUUAUAAAAAAUAAUUGCAAUAAUGUGCAAGCAUUUUGUGGAGGCAAAAAACACGAUAAACAUUUAGAGUAUUGCCAGCCUAUGGGUAAGGGAGGAAUUCUAAAUACAUUACGUAGUUUGCAAAUGCUAGAUUGUAUUGACAUUGAAAAUAUAUACGACUUAUAUAAUCAAUAUUCAUCUCAGUAUGUUUUUGAUAAUGAUUUUUCUUCUGAAAUUUGGGCUAAAGUUGUUCAAGAUAUUGUUAAUGGUAUAAAAAAAGUUAGUGAUUUAUCAAUGAUAUACCAAUAUCUUAUUUCAUCAACAUUCAAAGAUUGUAGCUUAUUUAUCACUUUUAAAAAAGUUUCUCCUUCAGACUGUGGCAUAGGUUUAUCUGUGGUGUUUCAUGAAGAAACAGAAAGUUGGUAUGAAUAUCAAAUUAAGCUUGCAGAUUUAGCACCAAGAUCUGUGCAUAAUAUACCUUUUUACUAUAACUUAGAUCAAGAUCUUAUUGCUAAUUACAUUAAGUCAACAAAGUUACAGGUGUAAAAAAAAAGAAUUUCCAAUUCAUGUUUAGUAUCAUUUUGUUUAGGUUUUAUUUUAUUAUAUAUAUGAUGGAAUCAGUUAUACUUUUUACUUGUGUACAGGGAUGCGGAGUCCCAAAAGAACGCUGGCUUGAUAUCUUUAUUUUAUCCUGGUAUCUGGUGUCCAGAAGAUCUAAACAUGUAGUUUGAAUUAUGGUCUGCUAUUGGAAAAAAAAGAUUUAAUGACUUAA